AUGGGCUCGCGUAACAAGAUCGUGCGGCAAUCCACAUGGCUGCAGAACAAGGCGGCCAAGGGAAAGAAGUCCAUUGCCGACCGGCGCGAACGGCGGCGCGAAGAGGAGAAGUACCCCGAACUCAAGGCCGAGCGGCUGGCCAAGAAUAAGCCCAAGACCCUCGAAGACAAGCGCGAGUACCCGGUGUCUGAAGACUACUAUGCACGCCGCAAGCGGAGGCGGGUAGUGGAGGAAAAGCCUGCAGUGGAGGAGGAAGAGGAGGACGAGGCCGAUGAGGCGGCCGAAGCACAGGGCGAGGACGACAAGAUGGAAGUGGAGGACGGCGACAAGAUUGGCGAGGACGAAGUCGACAGCGAUAUUGCCAGUUUACUCGCAAGCGAUGAUGAAGAAGAAGCAAACGACGUCGGGCUGAGCAAGGCGGACAAAAAGACAAAACGGGCCGAGGCCGCCGCUCUCGCCGAGACCAAGCGCCAAGAGCAGGAGGAGAAGGAGGCGGCCGAAGAGGCGGCCGCGCGCGCCGCCCACGAAGACGCCAUGGCCGCCAAGUACUCGGCACUUCUGCCAGACGAAGACAGCAGCGCCACGGCCGACGAAUCCGGCGCGACAGCCACACCGACACAGCCCAAGAUUCUCAUCACGACCUCCCGCCACGCCACCAUCCACAAAUACGCGCAGACGCUUACCGACGUGUUCCCCAACAGCACCUACAUUCCCCGGUCUGGCCACCGCUACGUCAGCCACGAGUACAGCGUCCGCGAGAUCGCCGGCUACGCACACAACCGCGGCUACACGGCGCUGCUCAUUGUCAACGAGGACCAGAAGAAGCCGUCGGGGCUCGACAUCACCCUGCUGCCCAACGGGCCCAUGCUGCACUUUUCCAUCCAGACCUGGGUCGACGCCAAGCGCCUGCCCAACCACGCGCGGUCCACGGGCCACAUCCCCGAGUUGAUCAUGAACAACUUUGACACGUCUCUCGGCAAGCUGGUGGGCGGCGUGCUGGGCCGGCUGUUCCCCAAGGACCCGGAGCUCAUUGGCCGGACGGUGCUGACGCUGCACAACCAGCGCGACUACGUGUUUGUGCGGCGGCACCGGUACAUGAUGCGCGAGAAGCGGGCGACGGAGCGCAGCGUGACCGAAAAGGACGGCAAAGCCAUGACGGGCGUGGAGGACGUGCGUGUGGCCCUGCAGGAGAUUGGUCCGCGGAUGACGCUCAAGCUGCGGCGGGUGGACAAGGGCAUCCAGCGCAUGUCGGGCCAGGCGUUUGAGUGGAAGGGGCGCAUGGAGAAGAAGCGGACAGUGUGGCAGUUGUAG